AUGAGUGUAACUGCAAUAGCUACUUUACCACCCAUAAAUAAACAACCAAUCAGUCAUGGAUCAUUACCAAUUAAUUUGAUAUUCAAAUUGAUCAGUUUAUUAAAGAAAUCAAUUUUUAGUAGAAAAUUUUAUCAAGAAAUUAAUGAUAAAGUAUUAUCAAAAAGUUCAACAGUUGAUUAUAAUUUAUAUUUUAUAUGUUAUUUUAGUUUGUUAGUAUCAUCAGUUUUAAAUAAUAAAAGUCAUAUUUUAUUCUUUUUAAGAAAACAGAUUUUUAAAUUAAAACAAUUGUAUUAUGAAGGAGCAAAACAAUUUGGAUUCAAUCAAGAAUCAAAUGAAAAAUUGUCACAAUUAAAACCUCCAGUUUAUCAAGAAUUAAAACCAUCUCAAUUAGCUUAUAAUUUAAAAAAAAUUAAUUCAUAUUUAGCAGAUGUUAGAAUUUUUAAUAGAUUAACCGAUUCAAUUAAAUAUAUGCCUUGGGUAAUUGAUGAAUUUUAUUCAUGGAGAAAUCCAAGUUCAAAAAUAUCAAGUUUUAAUAGAUUUAUAAAUUUUAUUCAAGCUUUAAAUGUUUUGGUUCUUGAAUUAUUUGAAAAUGCCGGUUGGUUAACUGAUCAUGAUUUUGUAAGUACUGGAGAUAAUCCAUGGUGGUCAUUUGAAACUUAUAUUUGGUGUUGUAGAAUUUGGGCUGCUUAUGUUGGAAUUGAAGUUAUUGAAUUAAUUAGAAGAACUCCAUAUUCAAAAAUGGAUAAAAAUUGGAAAAUUGCAUUAUUUAAAAAUUUAGUUCAAAUUCCAUUAACUAUACAUUGGUCUUUAAGAGACGGUUGUUUAUCUCCAUUUUGGGUUGGUGUUUGUGGUUCUUGUGCAUCUUGGUGGAAUUUUAAAGAUAUGUGGUCAUCAAUAGACUUAAAUUAG